CCCUUAUAAUUCCUCUCCUUUCCCUUUCAAACCUAAUUUAGAAAUCAAAUAAUCAAAACUACCUGGAAAAUUCAACAAUGGCAUCGUCGGAAAAACGAUGCCUGUACGAGGUGCUCGGCUUGAGCCGUGACUGCACACCCGACGAAAUUCGGUCGGCUUACAAGAAGCUGGCUCUCCAGCGCCAUCCGGAUAAGCUAGUCCAGUCCGGCGUCCCUGAAGUCGAAGCCACAGCUGCCUUCCAAGAGCUCGUCAACGCGUACGAGGUCCUCUCCGACCCGAGAGAGCGCGUGUGGUACGACUCCCAUCGUUCAGAAAUCCUUUUUUCUUCUAACAAUUCAUCCAAAUCCUCGGGCCCUGUCCCUGAUUUAUUCUCUUUCUUCUCAAACUCGGUUUACUCCGGGUAUUCAGAUUCCGGGAGGGGGUUCUAUAAGGUAUACGGGGAAAUAUUUGAGAAAAUUUAUGCUGCUGAAUUCAAUUUCGCGAAAAAGUUAGGGUUGCCAAUGCCCAAGGAAGCGCCCGUCAUCGGCAAUUUGGAGAGUCCCUAUGCCCAGGUGACUGCAUUUUAUAACUAUUGGUUAGGAUUUGCAACAUCUAUGGAUUUUUGUUGGGUAGAUCAGUAUGAUGUGAUGGCAGGACCAAACAGGAAGUCAAGAAGAGUAAUGGAGGAAGAGAACAAGAAGUUGAGGAAAAAGGCAAAGAGGGAGUACAAUGAGACAGUAAGGGGAUUGGCGGAGUUCGUGAGGAAGAGGGAUAAGAGGGUCAUCGAUAUGCAGGCAAAAAGGAAUGAAGAGAUGGAGAGAAAGAGAGAGGAGGAAAGAUGGAGAAAGAAAGAAUUGGAGAGACAGAAGGUGGAGAAGGCAAGGAAUUUUGAGGAGCCUGAGUGGACGAAGGUCAAGGAGCUGGAGAGUGAAGAGAGUGAGGAUGCAGUAGAGGAGGAUGCGAAGAAAAAGGAAUUGUAUUGUGUAGCGUGUGGAAAAAAAUUCAAGAGUGAUAAGCAGUGGAAGAACCAUGAGCGGUCUAAGAAGCACAAGGAGAAGGUGGCAGAAUUGAGGGAAGCUUUUGGCGAGGAAGACACAGAAUUUGAAGUGACAGAAGGGAAUGAAAGGAAGAAUGAGGAAAAAGAAGAUGAGGGUUAUUUGUCAGCAGAUGAUGGGGUAAAUGAUUUACGAAACGAAUUUGAGGAUAGUGUUGGAAUUCAUGGGCUGGAGAGCAAUGAGGAAAAUGCUGAAUCUAACGAGGAAGGUGGGAUUGUCGAUAUUGAUAAUGGCAGUGUAUCAAGGCUAUUCAAUGCUGAGUUGGAAUCAGAUGAUGAUGAAGCAAGUCUACUUGAAGCAAUGGUGUCUGGACAUAAGACUAGGAAGAAGGUUGAUGCAAGGCAUCAGACUAAGGCUCCUGAAAAGAAAAUUCAGGUGGAGGUCGAUGUUGAUGAGACGGGUUACAUGGAGUACAACAACACAAAGGGUUCUCGUAGGAACAAGGGAGGCAAGAGACGGAAGGGUAGAACCCAAGAAGAAGAAACAAUAAGAGCUGAUGUUACAGAGGCUAAUGGUGAGACAACCCAUAUUCAAGAAGAAGAAACAAUAAGAGCAGAUGUUACAGAGGAUAAUGGUGAGAUUGAGGAACAGAAUGGACGUUAUGAUGACUCCCAUGUAGAGUCAACAUCGAAUCCUGUAAAAGAAUCUGCAAAUGAGGACAAAGGAGACAAUGCAUCAGAAAGGGAUCAUGAUCUUCCAAAGCAAGCUGUGAACAAAAGAAAUGCAACAAAGAAGUCUGAUGUGUCCAAGUCAAAGGUUGCUCCAAAAGGGAGGAAACAUAAGGCGGCAGCGAAAGUAUCUGGCAAUGUCUGUGAGAAGUGUGGGGAGGAAUUUGAAUCAAGGAAUAAACUACACAAGCAUAUCGGAGAAACUGGUCAUGCUUCCCUAAAAUUUUGAUGAUUUUUUUCUUUCUUAUAAGGACAAAGCAGUCACUUCUCGAUCUUCCGUUGAGCGGUAUACUCAAUUCGGAUGCUCAUAGAUUGACUUGUCAACAUUUCCUAUAACAUCCCAAUGUGUCAAUGUGUACCUCUAAGUGAAAUGAAAAUCAAAAUUUACCGUCAAAAGUUUGAUUUUUCCUUGAUACUAUAGUCUCUGAGAGCAUGUGUUUGCACGCACAUGCCAAUUUAGAAGAUCUUAUAAUGUCACUGAACCGGGUCUGCCUGACCAGAUUUUGUCACCAUUUUUAUAUUUUCUGACAACAUAGUCUGAAUUGUAUGCCGAACUAUAUACUUGAUUAUUUUAUUGGUGAUUUUGUUAUCUUUGAAAAUAUUAAUUGAAACAAGUUCUGUUA